AUGCAGGCAGUGCGGCCGGAAACGGUGCGAGGUAUCCGACUGGGCAAGGUCUUGCAUCAUGGGCCCUGGCUAUGGUGGCAUGGGCGUCUGAAAGACAUGUACAGGCACAGCGAAGUGGCGAGCAAUAUUGAUAUGUUUGUGUCACACAGCUGGCAAACACCUGCAUGGAAGAAGUACCUCAACUUACUCAUCCUGCGAAAUGGGCUGCCGGCCAUGGUCUUGGGAACGCUGGGUGCAAGUGUAGCCAAUGUUUUGUCUCAGCAUCUGAUCCUGCCACCUUUGGAAGUUUUGGGUGGUGGCUGGUGCCUGCUGUCUGGGUGCCUCAUCUAUUACUUGACCUUGCUCAGGUGGAGGCCCAGGACCAUACUUUUCUGGGACAGUGCCUGCAUAAAUCAACACGACCCACUAUUGAAAGCAGAGGGUCUUGCCAGUCUGGGUGCUAUACUGAAGCAGUCCAAGACUCUAUUGGUGCUUUGGGAUCAAACGUUCGUGUCCAGGCUUUGGUGCAUGUUCGAAAUGGCAGCUUACUUGCACGGCCGAGCGGACAGUUCGGCAAGUGUGACUGUGCGCUCACCACUAGCCGGAGUCCUUGUGCUCUCUGUGCAUGCCAGCUUGUGCAUGAUCACUUUCCUGUACUUCUUGCCUGCAGAUUCCUUCUUCGAGCCGUCCCAAACUAUGGUAGUCAUUGCUUGCUUAGCAUUGCCGGGUAUCCUGUCUUUUAGCUUCGUGAUAAGCACUGUCCGCGCAUACUGGCGAGACAUCGACACGAUGGAGCAGCACAUGUUGAGUUUUGCAUUGGACAACAGCAAAUGC